GUGUGGACACAGAGGAGCUGGAGGAAGAGCUGAAGUCCCUAUUGGACGAGUCUGCCACAGAUGGACAGCCCGGACUGCCACAAGUUCCUUCUGAACCCCUCCCAUCCGGAGGAGCUUCCUCUGCACUCAGUGACAGUUUCCUCGACUCCCUGCCCCCUGUACCCCACUCCCCCUUUGGGAUCACUGACGAGGAGUUGGACAGAGAGUUGAGUCGCCUCACUAUUGCUGACCCAGGUGUGUAUCGCAAAGAGGCCGUAUCUCAAAGAGGCCGGAGACAGCUCAGUGACCGGCCCAAGCUCACUCGAUCCCUGGGAGUGCCUGAACUGACCAGCCCUGAGAAGAUCAGCUUCUCCUGCCUUUUCCCAGCCUCCUGGCACUUCAGCCUGUCCCCUGUGGGGCUCCCCCGCCUCCUGCUGCCCUCCUUCAGGCAGCUGCUGUUCGUGAGCCUGCUGGCAGGACUCCUGGGGCUGCUCUACCUCCUGCUGGUGAUGGGCAAGGGCCAGUAUAGCUGGGCCAGCCAGGACAACCAGUUUCAUAGGCACUUUGCGCAUGUGACCGACAUAGACGCCACCGACACCAGCAACCCCGAGCUGAACUACGGCCUGGUGGUGGACUGCGGCAGCAGCGGCUCCCGGGUCUUCGUGUACUGCUGGCCCCGGCACAACGGCAACCCCCACGACCUGCUGGACAUCCGGCAGAUGAGGGACCAGCACAGGAAGCCCGUGGUCAUGAAGAUAAAGCCUGGCAUCUCAGAACUGGCCACAACACCAGAAAAAGCCAGUGAUUAUAUCUACCCUCUGCUGAGCUUUGCUGCCCAGCACAUCCCAAAGAGCAAGCACCAGGAGACCCCCCUCUACAUCCUCUGCACUGCUGGAAUGAGGGUCCUCCCAGAGAGUCAACAGGAAGCGUUGUUGGAGGAUUUGCGGACUGACAUCCCAGUGCAUUUUAACUUCCUGUUUUCCGACUCCCACGUGGAGGUCAUAUCCGGCAAGCAGGAGGGUGUGUAUGCGUGGAUCGGGAUCAACUUUGUCCUCGGGAGAUUCAACCAUGUAGACGAUGAGAACGAGGCGGUGGUUGAGGUGCAGGUCCCUGGCAACGACCAGCAGGAGGCACUAGUGCGCAAACGGACCGCCGGCGUGCUGGACAUGGGGGGGGUGUCCACGCAGAUUGCGUACGAAGUGCCCAAAACUGAGGAGGUGGCAAAGAACCUGCUGGCGGAGUUUAACCUGGGCUGCGACGCCCAUCGCACCGAUCACGUGUACCGCGUCUACGUGUCCACCUUCCUGGGCUUCGGCGGGAACGCCGCUCGCCAGAGAUACGAGGAGAACAUCGUCGGGAAGACCCUCCUGCGGAACAAGCUCCUGGGCCAGCACGUGGGGGAGACGGUGGACUUGCCGUACCUGGACCCCUGCCUGCCCGUGGACCUGCAGGAUGAGGUGGGCCCGUCCGGGCAGAGGGUCCAUCUCCGGGGCACGGGAGACUUCAACCUCUGCAGGCAGCUGCUGCUGCCCUUCCUCAACCACACCAACGACACACAGUCCUCACUCAACGGCGUCUACCAGCCGCCCAUCGACUACCGCAACAGCCAGUUCUACGGCUUCUCUGAGUUCUACUACUGCACCGAGGACGUUCUGCGCAUGGGUGGAGGCUACAACGCCACCAAGUACAGCCGUGCUGCCAAGAGUUACUGCGCCACCCAAUGGAGAACCCUGAAAGAGCAUUUUGACCGGGGCCUGUACGCCUCCCACGCUGACCUGCACAGGCUCAAGUACCAGUGUUUUAAAUCCGCGUGGAUGUAUGAGGUCUUCCACUCCGGCUUCUCCUUCCCCACCACGUAUGAGAACCUGAGGACCGCCCUGCUGGUCUACGACAAGGAGGUGCAGUGGACCCUGGGAGCCAUACUUUACAGAACACGCUUCCUUCCUCUGAGGGACAUUCAGCAGGAGAUCCUGAAGGGGGCGCACUCGCACUGGCGCCGCAGCUUCUCCUUCGUCAACAACCACUACCUUUUCCUGGCCUGCUUCCUGGUGGUGGUGCUGUCCAUCCUGCUGUACCUGCUGCGGCUGCGUCGCUUCCACCGGCGCAUGAACCAGCGCAGCAUCACCACCACCUCCUCUUCAUCCUCCUCUUCCUCCGUGCAGUGGGCCGAGCAGGGCCUGGCCUCGCCCUCCGUCCUCGUCACACUCUAG